UCUAGUCCACCGCGUUAUGUCGUACCGGUACGUACGUCCUGUUAUGCGUUUUCCUUAUCGGUAUGAAAAAGUUCAAUUAAAUUUUUUAAGUAAUAACAUGUUGUUUAAGUCGUGUUUGCAAAACACUACCGUCGAUCAACCGCCGUGUAGUUGACGUGUAUAGUGCGAUAAAGAAAGUGUUUUUUUUUAAAUUGUAUUUGUGAGGAUACCACAAGAAUUUGGACGCGGACUGACCGAAUAAUUAUGACGAAACGGCGUGGUGCUGGUGUCGGCCGUGGCCUAUAAUGAGAUGAGUGGCCAGCGCGAUGACGGCGGCGAGGGUAUCGAUGGUCGCCGACCAACGCAGGACGAACAGCAGCAGCAGCUGACCGGUCGCCAUCGCGGGGAAGGCAACGGUGGCCAGCAGGAAUGCGCUGCCGGCUACCCUUUGGUGGUGGGCUCGAGUGCGUUGGAAACCCAAGGAGAAUCGCCCAAGUGCAUCUACCACCUGAUGUCUCCUUCGGUGCCCGCCAAAACGCCGGUCGACCCUAGGUUUUCCUCGUCCGAAAAACCGCCCAGGGUCCGGAUGAUACUGCCCGAACUCAACCGAGUUCUAUGCAGCAACCGCGUAAGCCAAAUGACAAAGACCUACAAUGAUAUCGAAGCAGUAACCCAACUAUUAGCCGAAAAAGAAAAAGAUUUGGAGUUGACCGCCCGCAUCGGCAAAGAAUUGUUGGCCGGCAAUCAGACCUUGGAGGCCAGGGUUGGAUUUCUCGAGACGGAAUUGAAAACCGUCAACGAACGAUACACACAAGCGUCGUACGAGUUGCAGAAGAAAAACGAUCUCAUCAAAAUACUCAGCAACGAUGCUGACGACACGGGCUACGAAGCGGCCGACGAAACCGCCAAAGGGGAAAGAUACUAUGGCGUCAGCGCAGAGUACUUGCAAAAGCGGCUCAAGAGCAUGGAAGACGAAAAUAGGUCUUUGCGUGGCGAAGCCAACCGUCUGGCCAUGCAGACUGACGAGAUAGAGGCCAAGGAAGCACAGCUCAUGUCGGACUUCGCCUCUCAGCUGAGCAACACCCGAUCCGACUUGUCCGUCAUCAUGGAACAAGCGGACAAACACAGGGAGGAGAACGUCACCCUGCACAACAACUGCGAGUUCCUGCGAUCCAAGUUGGCUAGUGUCGAGGCUUCAUUGAGAAUCAAAACCGAUGAGAACGACGAACUCAUGUCGAUGCUCAUGUUGGCCAGAGACACCCAGAACGAGCUAGCAGCUGAAAUAGCGGAAGUGAAAAAGCAAUAUGAAGAGGCGCUUGCGAUGCUUCACGAGUGUCAGGCAGAACUCAAAGGUCACAAGGACAAGAAUGUACCACUUGCUCGGACCGGACCACUAUUUACAUCACUUCCGCCGUACUUGAACUCCACGGCGCUACACAGUCACGGCCACAGCUCUUUGGAGAGCUCGUUGUUCUCCGAGCUCAGUCUGGACUCUGGCAUAGGCACUGGCAGAAUGUCCGGCGCCAGUAGCUACAAAAAGUCCAUCGGCAUGAUGAAGCUGACCUCAUCGAUGGAAACCAGUACGAGAAACAUGUCCAGACAAACCGCCUAUAACGACCUGACCGAAGAGUCGGCCACCCAAAGCGACUGUGAUGAUUUCUCGGAUACGGAUUCGUUCAUUAUCGAGCAGCCUGGAAUACCUGGUGCUCCGGGCUCAGAGGAUUUGGCAAACGCUCUGAAACGUUUGACUCCGGCUUCGAUCAAAGCUCGCCGUGCCGCUUUAGGGACCGGUUUCAUGUUUGGCGAUCCUUACGAUUCAGCUGAUACCAGAACGCCCGAUUCAUUGAUGUCCACCGGAAGCAUAAGUCUACCCACCUGGAAAACGCCAAGCAAACUACAGUUGGUCAAGCCUAUGCAAGGUUCGUUUACGCUUCAACAGUGGAACGCUCAAUCGGUACCGUCGCUGAGUGCUAUUCUCGAGGAACAGCCGCAAGGAGUAAUUAAAAAGUGUGAUUCCACGGCGCCGAUAGCAGGUCUUCCUCAAACGUUCAGACUUGAUGAAAUCGAAGAGGAUGAACCCAAACAUCCCGGCAAAAUGUUCCAGAUGUCUAGUUAUAUUUACACGAUGACCAAUUCCACAGUGAUGCAUCCGGACGACGGCACCACUAGUGUCACUCCGAGUAUUCGAGGCAGCGCAAUGACAACAACAGUGAACAGUCGCGUAAAUAGUCAAAUGCCGUCGAAAGAAGGAACUCCGAUGUUAUCUAGAAGAAAUUCGACGACCACAUUUUCCACAAACAGUGGUUUGGCUGCCAUGUUAAACGAAAGAGGAAUCCGGGCCAUAACACCGUCCGCCUUGGCCACUCCUAUGUUCUCCACUACGGCCACACCUUGUAAUAGUCCCUACGGUUCGCCCGGAGGUACACCUGAUCGUUCACGCUCUCCAUCGCCUUCGGACUCUCCUUACUCGCAUCCAUUUGGAUUACCUGGUUAUUUGAUGCACAGUGGAGCCAAACUGUUGAAGACUUUAACGGGCACCGAAAGGUCGACCGAACACAAGUCACGCAAAUCAAAGGCGGUUGUCAGGCCCGACAAAAAAACGUUGGCAGGCAUACGACUCGUAGAAACCAUGAAACAUUACAUACCCACCGUUGCGACCGACGAAUCUGGCCGACCGGUGUUUGAAAUUGGAGCGUCUGAGCCGCCGAAACCGGAAAACGGUGCGUUAAAAAGACGAUUGAGACAGUUAGACAACUCCGAUAAAGGUCCGAGGUUACGCAUGGAUUUGGGUACGGUUGGUCCGCCAACACAGUCGACGGACAAUGACAGUUCUCAGCCGACGCAUGGCACGCUUAUUAGUUCCAUGUUCUUUGCCCGCAAAGGAGGAUUACUGUAAAAAAAUAAUAAGAAAACAAUAUUUUGGUGCAAUCGUAGUACAUAAAUAUGUAUAUUUUUUUAUUUUGAACAAAUUUUCAAAAAAUAUCUCCUAUUUGUUGUCGUCCCUUUACCUAUUCUGACCGUGUUUUAUAAAAAUACACUCGGCCUUUUUAAUAACCAAUUUAAAGUAGUCGGCUUAAUUAAAUUUCCUAAGAGUUCGGUGUUAAUUUUUUUUCUAACUACAAUUUGAUCGCUGUGAUUUAAAAAAAAAAAAAUUACUAUUAGUACAAUUGUUAGUAGCUUAGCUUACUAAGGAAAAAAAACAGACGAUGGUUAAGGUAUUUAUUAUUAUUAUUAUUAUUCUUUAUUUCAUAAACAAUAUGAUACCUACGAUAACGUUGUUAUGUAUGUUAAUUAGUCAUGCCGCGUGUUUUAGACGCCUAAAGGUGCUAUAUAAUAAUGUCAUUUUCUCAAUCAGGUCCGAUUGUAUGCUGUUCGUUAACGGCCAUUGUUGCUUUUACUUGUGAGGACCUUAAGCUUAAUAAUAGAGUGUAUAUUCCCAAUAAGUAUAAAUAAACUUUUUUUUUCAUUAUCUUUAUAAGGGCUAUACAAAAAAAAAAAAAUGUAGUCUCUCUGUCGAUUGAAAUAAUAAUUGUAUAUUUUUGUAUUUCUUUAACUCGACCGAUUCUUACUGAAUUGUAAACCGAACGAAAUCGCACAAUAAAAAUAGUAUAAAUACGUUUUUAUACAGUAAUUUAUUAUUGUUUCAUUUUAUUUUUUUGGUUAAAAUUGUCUUAACUAUUAUAAUGAAAAACUUUAAAAAAAAUGUAUUUAAGUAUAUCGACUUAUAAUGUUAUAAUUGUUAAACUUUUGUAGUACUUUUUUUGUUUCAAAUUCAUAUAAUAUUCUUAAAAACCGCCGGGUUUUUGUUUAUUAUUAUUAUUUUACAUACCUUUUUUUUUAUUUUCUUAAGUUUUAAAUAUUUAUUUCAUGAAAACGGUUAGCUUAAUGUAUUGGUAACUUAAGACUAUUUUUUUAUUUUUUUUAAUAAAAAAAAUAAUAAUAAUUAGUCAUUACUAUAUUUUCCUCACGUCGUAUUCAGGAAAUAAAAUCGGUCGAAUACUGUUUCAACAUUACUUUAUCCUUUUUUUUUUUUUUUUUAGUUCGCUUUAAGUUUUUAACCAAAGUAUUUUUUUUAGAAUAAUUUUUUUUUUUUUUUUAAACUUUCGACGGUGUUCCUACUAUGUUCUUUGUUCGUUUCUCGAAAUUGUCAACGGCAAACAGUAACGCGUCACCACGUAAUAAAUUGUAAAUACAUUUUUUUUUAUAUAUAUAUAUUAUUUUAGAAUUAUUAUUAUUAUUACUACUAUUUUAUUAUUUAAAAAGUUUUCUGUGUUAUUGUGUAACGCAUACUUCGCAGAAGGACGAUUAAUUUUGUCCGGAAAGUUUGUGCGAUUAUACGGGGAAAAAAAAUAUUGAAGUUUCUUUAGUAACGAAUGUUGUUUUUAUUAAGCGAUGGAGCCUUUUAUUGUUCGAAAUAAAAAAAAAAGAAAUUAUGACGAGACUGAGUUAGUAUUCAACCAAAUUUUGUACGUUUUAUUUUAUUUUUAUUUAGUUUUUGUAGGCAAACACAUCUGCGUAUUCUGGCUAGCGACGCGUCCGCCGUUAACCGAUGGUUAAUAACAAACGCCGACAAGUAUUUUAUGAUAUGUAAAAAAACAGGAAAAAAAUAUGAAUCGACCGUAUUGUAUUUUUUGUUAAAAAAUAUUUUAUUCGGUUAUUUAUUCUUGUAUAAUGUAAUAAUAUUAUGUUUAGGGCUAGUUGAGAAAAAUAUUAAAGAUGUAUUUGUUGACUGAA